CUCCUCCAAAUUAUUAAUGUGGAAAAACGAGAGCCAAACAUGAUGAAUUAAAUUUUAAAAAAUAGAACUCCUCCAGACCUCCACCGCCUUCACAGUUUCCCACUUCCCACCAAUUAACUAUAAAUUUCCUCCGGCCAAAACUCCCAAUUAAUUCAUUAUGCGCAUCACCGGCGAUCACAAUGGCCGUCGACGAGUCAUCGGGAAGCGCGCUCCACAUGACGCUCGUGAACCGGUGCCUGAGCCUGGAAGCGAGCCACGAGAGGCUGAAACAGGAGCUGUACCAUCUUCUGGAGGAGGACAAGUCGAGACGGAGGGACGGCGACGACUCCAGAUCGGGCGGUACCGUGGCGACGAAUGACAACAGGUCGGCGGAGUUGACGUCACUAACCGGGAUGGUGACGACAUUUUCCGGCCGGUCUUUCUUUCCUGGGUACUUCGUGGAGGGGACUCCUUACCGCGGGGUGCUCGAGAACAUGGGGCACGCUCUUCACUUAUGCAGCGCUUCUUCUGGACAUAUCUUCUACUGGAAUCGUGCUGCUGAAAUGCUAUUCGGGUGGCAAGAACAUGAGGUCAUGGGGCGGAGCAUGGCCGAGCUCCUUGUGGCUGAAGGGAGCCAUGCGUCCCUUGGUAAGAUCUUGGAACUUCUGAGCUUGGGGCGGUCGUGGUCAGGGCAGUUCCCUCUUAGGAAAAAGUCCGGAGAGAUAUUUAUGGCGUUGGUCACCAAGAGCCCAAUGUACGAGGAGAAUCAGCUCGCUGGAAUCAUCACGGUUUCAAGUGAUGCGGCGGUGUUCAACAAGACUAAUUUAGAGAACCUGAGCAAUGUUACUAUUAAGGAGACCAACUUCCGGAGGAUUCAGUGGCACCAACGGCCGGCCAUUGCAUCGUCAGUUUCUAAUCUGGCUACAAAGUUUUUGCCUAGAAAGAACGAUGAUGAUGGUAAUUAUGAUGACCAUUGGGGUUCCAGGGCUGAUGCACAAGCUGCAGCCACGAUCCAAGAUCACUCUGGUUCACUAAACACAGGAGCUAGAAGUAAUACAUGUCGUCAAAAUGAGAAGAAUGACACCAACCGUAGUCGUCAUCCAAAAAUUUUGCUGAAGGCAGCUAAAAAGUUGGCAAAUCUGCGCAUUGGAGGGUUCAAUGGCAGUAGUAAAAAUGUCGGGGAAAACAGUCAACGAUAUGACCAUGAUGAUAGGUCUGUCAAAAAUGAGGGCUUCAAAAACACUAAUCAUCAUCGAGGAUCAAGAGUGUCGGUAUCUGAUCAAUGCUCUAUCGGUGGCAACGCUGAAGCAAAGAGUCCUCCUAGACAAGAAGGAAAUUCUUUGGUCCCUCUUAGGAACUUUUAUAAUAUGUAUGCACGGACCAGUCGAAAUCCUUCUGAAGAGAUGUGUGUUUCAACCUCUAUGGAGGAAGGAAACCAAUCCAGGAAUCUGAAUUCAGUGAUGGAUGCAAAGGAGCAGACAGAGUUAGACCUGGAAGUCUUGGAAAGGGAAGAAGAUGAAACAGGCAGAGGAUCAGACGGGAAGCAGUAUUCAUGUGUUGCGGAGAGCAAUGACAUCCGCAGAAGUUCAUCUAGAAAGGUGGAUAAUGGUUCGAGUUCAAAGGUUGACUGUGAGAUUAAGUGGGAGGAUCUCCAAUUAGCAGAGGAGGUUGGGCAAGGUGCAUUUGCCGUUGUCUAUCGAGCAAUCUGGAAUGAAUCGGAUGUCGCUGUCAAGGUUUAUUUUGCCAGCGAUUACAGAGAAGAAACAUUACAUGAGUACACGAAAGAGAUUGAGAUGUUGAAGAGGCUUCGACACCCAAACGUGUUGCUUUUCAUGGGAGCUGUGUAUUUACCGCAACGACUGGCCUUAGUCACAGAGUUCUUGCCAAGGGGAAGCCUUUUCAAGACACUUCACAGAAACAAUCAGACCCUGGAUAUCAAAAGGCGGCUCAAGAUGGCCCUGGACGUUGCUAAAGGGAUGAACUACUUGCAUCAUAGAAACCCACCUAUUGUGCAUGGAGAUCUAAAAUCUUCCAACCUGCUUGUUGACAAAAAUUGGAAUGUAAAGGUUGGGGACUUUGGUCUAUCUAGGUGGAAGCAUGCAACCUUCUUGUCUGCAAAAUCAGGAAUAGGAACGCCUCAGUGGAUGGCACCUGAGGUCCUCCGCAACGAUCCUUCGAACGAGAAGUCUGACGUCUACAGUUUCGGGGUGAUCUUGUGGGAGCUAAUGACAGUCUCCAUCCCAUGGGACAGACUCAACUCCUUGCAGGUGGUUGGAGUGGUUGGGUUCAUGGACAGAAGACUGGAACUGCCUGAAGGUCUUGAUCCCAGGAUAGCAACCAUUAUCCAAGACUGUUGGAAGAGUGAUCCGCAGCAACGGCCGUCGUUCCAAGACCUCAUUCGGCAACUAACGAGCAUAAGUCAUCGGGCUGUGACGGCUCAAUCUCAGAGAGCAGCUAACGAGACGUAGGAACAAAAUGUUCCAUUUCCGCGUCAUGUCGAUUCAUGUACGAGGAACCGGACGUCUGUUCCGUGAAGGGGUCACAUCUCACGACUCACAUCAGGGGCGGUGAGGAAGACAUGAAAUAAUAGUUAUGGAUGAGUCUACGUUGGGUUAGUCGGCUCCGGCGGUUUAUUAGAGAAUUCAUGUCUCCGCUCCAAGCUCCUCCACGGCGGUGAGAGAGAAAAUAGUUGUGUCCUUUUCCCCCCAUUGCAAGUUGUAACAAGUGGAAAGACGGCUAGUACCGGUGGUUUUCAAAAAUGGCUGAUCGCGA